UUAUGAAGCUUCGACCUGAAUUUGAGCCUGUCCGAGCCAGUUUAUUGAACCAUAAUCCGGUUCCGUCUUUGGAUAUUUGCUUGGGAGAUUUAUUGCGUGAAGAACAACGGUUAUCCACUCAGAUGGGUAUGACUUCUGAGAAGGUAUUUUCUGAGGCUGUGAAUGUAGCCUAUGCAGCACAAGGGAGAGGGAAGAAUAAGUUGCAGUGUUUCAGCUGCAAGGAGUUUGGUCAUAUUGCUCGCAAUUGUCCGAAGAAAGUUUGUAACUACUGCAAGAAAGAGGGUCAUAUCAUCAAAGACUGUCGGGUGCGGCCUCAUAAUCGCCAAUCCCAUGCCUUUCAAGCUGCUGUUCAGUCCUCAUCUUCUUCUGCACCCCCCACUGUAAGCUCUGAUUCAUCCGUUCUCACACCUGCUAUGGUCCAACAAAUGAUUCUGUCUGCUUUUACGGCUUUAGGCCUGCAAGGAUCAGGUGUCGGGGAUGGUGAUCGCGAAGGGGCCUAAAGUGGGACGUCU